CAAAUAUCAUACAUAUUCUAGAGUUACAGUAUCUGCUGUCAAAACAUUAAACAAUACAUAAUAUGGCCUUGAUAUUUAUUUGACAAUGAAUUUAAAGAAAAUAAAGAAUUCCCACAACAAAUGUUAGAGACACCAAAAAACAGUUCAUUAGAGAGGGCCACUGCUAAGUCUAAAAAUAGCCCGAAGAUAGGAAAAAUUAAUUUAACAGAGGGGGCUGCUGCAAAGGUUUCUAAGGAUGAAGAAUACAUCAAAAAUAUAACAGAAUAUUCGCGUGAGUUAAAAGAAAAAGAGCACAAUAAGCAUAUGGAAAUUAUGGAACUCCAACACAACAGGCAAAUGAGGUACAUGAGACUAAAACAUGAAAUGGACAAAACGGAACACGAAAUUAAAAUGAAGGUUCAAGCGGAACUUUUGAAACAUGCUUCAUUGAAGACAAAAAUGUUAGAGGCAGAAUCACAAAAUAAAUAAU